UCCGGGCGCGGCCUUUGAAGAUAAACUGCUGUAGAGGAGUCGGUAUGGGGAGGUCUACGCUGGCGGCUGCUACGGAAGAGCGGCAGAGAAAGCUCCAGGAGUAUCUAGCAGCCAAGGGAAAACUGAAGUGCCAAAACAGCAAGCCUUAUCUAAAAGCCAAGAAUAAUUGCCCAAAUCCUCUGCCUUCCAAAUAUACUAUUAAACCCAAAAAGGAUGUUGCUUUGCCGGUCAAAACUACACGACCCAUCAACAUUAAACUUCAGCCCAGACCUGCCCAUAUCCCAGGGUCCCAGAAGUCAAAGUUGGAGCCACCAAAACUUCUGGGCAAAAGGCCAACUUCAGGAUAUGUUUCUUCCAACCCAAACUGUAAGCCUCCCAGUAGUCGUCAGCAACAGCACAAAGCUGGAUCAUCCACUGGAGAUCUGUCAAGGAAGACUGAGGGGUCACCUAAUAUACAGGAACUGAAAGCUACGAAGCAGCAGGUGACAGAUCAAGAAAAUGCUGCACACACAGACUCUGUGGGCAAUGUCUGUGCUGAGGGUGAGUCCUUACACAACUUUCUAAAAGAGACAAACAAAGAAAAUUUGCCCCAAACCUUACUGGACUCUGAGGAGAUGCUACAUGCUGAAUUAUGUAUCAAACAUAAACCAAAAACUAGCUCUUCUAAUCAAACCAAAAGCAGUUUGGCCCCUAAGCAAGCCUUGUGUAAAAGUUCAUUGAAUCAUGCUGUUCUGAAAGACAGAGCUAAUAAACAGUGUGUUGGGGAAACACAAACCAGGAUUCCACCAGUAAAAUCACAGCAGCUCCCUAAAGGAACGGCUCUUGUGAAACCGGGAGUGAAACGCCCAAAGACAGUUCCCUCUCACUUUGUUCAGACCCUUAAUAGGAAUCAAGCAUCAAAGAAGCCAGGGGUCAAAGACAUGAAGGAUAUAAAGGUUAACAAUGGUAAAUAUGAGAGUCUAGGUGGAGCUAAGCUACCAUUACACACUGUUGCUGAACAAAAAGUAGAACAUACCAGACCUAGGACCUGCCCCAGUCCACUUCGGGGAGGACUUCACCACGGACGUCCACACAGUAAGCAAGACCAGAAACCCACGCAGCCUUGUUCUAGGCCCCAGACAUCAUGCAUGCAGCAGAAAUCCAAAGCUGUGAGCCACAGGCCUAGCAUGGCAGUUGGUAGCUUUACUUCAGUCAUUCCCAACACCCCAAGCAUAAGAGCAAGUAGAGCCAAGGGGAAUAAACACAACAGCAGCUAUCAACAGAAAGCACAGACCCUGGACUCCAAGCUGAAAGGCACUCUUCCCCAGAAUCGGUUUUUAAACAAGACAGCUCCCAAAACUCAAACUGGUGGCACAGCCACAAAUGGAAAAGGAGUCCUAAAUAGAACCCAGACCAACCCAGAUGUUAAGAAGAAGAUCACAGCAGAGGACCGAAGGAAACAGCUGGAAGAAUGGCAGAAAUCUAAGGGGAAAAUGUAUAAGCGGCCUCCAAUGGAACUUAAAACAAAAAGAAAAAUAAUAGAGGAGAUGAAUAUUUCAUUCUGGAAAAGCAUGGAAAAAGAAGAGGAAGAAAGGAAAGCACAACUUGAAUUGUCCAAUAAAAUUAACAGCACUCUGACCGAGUGUCUGCAGCUCAUCGAAGGGGGUGUACUUUCUAAUGAAGUAUUUACCGUAUUAUCUAGUAUUCCUGAGGCUGAAAAAUUUGCUAAAUUCUGGAUCUGCAAAGCAAAGUUCUUGGCAAGUAAAGGCACAUUUGAUGUCAUUGGACUGUACGAAGAGGCCAUUAAAAGUGGGGCAACACCAAUACAAGAGUUACGAGAAGUUGUUCUUAAUAUUUUGCAAGACCCAAACAGAACCAGAGACGGAAUUACCUCUAAUUCUGUAGUCACUGAAACUAAUAUAACAUCCACAGAAGAGCUGGCCAGGGACAUGGAAUCUGGAAGAAAGUCUUGUCUUUCUCCAAAAAACAGGGAACAAUUUCCAGCAACACCCCAAAUAACCAAAGCAGAAGAGGAUAAUCACCCUGGUAUCAAAUUACAGGUCGCUCCCAUCCCCAGAAUAAGUGGGAUGCCAGAGGUGCAGGACAUGAAGCUGAUCACUCCUGUGCGGCGGUCGGCGCGGAUCGAGCGAGCGGUGACCCGCUACCCGGAAAUGCUGCAGGACCACGACUUGGUGGUGUCUUCUCUCAAUGAGCUGUUAGAAGUGGAGGAAACAGAGUGUUUCGUAUUCCGUAAAAAUGAGGCUUUGCCUAUAACGUUAGGGUUUCAAAUCCUUGAAUCAUAAUUUCUGGGUGACUUUUAUUAAAGAGGUAUUUCAGGUCCUCCAUGAGACGAGAGAUGCCCUCACCCAGAUGCCCGGAGCACGCUGUCACGGACGCAGACUCUGGACUUGGACAGCAGCUCGCAGGGCUCGCUCUCAAACUGCGUAUCCCGCAGAAAGGCCUUCGGCUUUUUUGUUUAAAGUUGUAGUUUGCCAGUUUAGCAGCAUGCAGAAAUUUCACACUGUGGAGU